GGAGCCGGGGGCUCCGCGGCGGGGACAGGUCUCCCUGGGUGAUGAAGAGGAGCGGGAUGCACUGGUGGCUUGUCACCGUCCUGGGGGUGCUGAGCAGACCCGCCCAGGGGAGCUGCAGUGCCCCGGAGCAGGGGGCAGCGGGAUGCCCGCCCGGAGAGGAGCCCAGCGGGGAUCCAGCGGGGACGUGCCGAGCUUGUUCCCCCGGCACCUUCUCCCUGGGGAACGCGUCCUGCGCCGCUCACACGCAGUGCCGGGCCGGGAACAGGGUCCUGGUGGCAGCGGGGACCGCGGCGAGCGACAGCCGGUGCGGAGCCUGCCUGCCGGGGUUUCACAGCCCUGCAGGGCAGAGGGAGCCCCGGGGCCGCUGCCUGCCCUGCGCCGCCGCUCCCCGCAGCACCCCGGGGUGCCCAGGCCGGCGGCGAGCCCGCAGCCCCGAAAUGCCGGGCAGGGCACCGGCAACCAACGGGACACGCGUGACCCUGCUGGGUGAGGACGAGGAGGAGGCGGCAGCAGCGCAGGCAGCCGUGCUGACCAUCGUCCCGGUCUUCUGUGCCAUGGGGCUGUUGGGAAUCCUGGUCUGCAACCUGCUGAAGAAGAAGGGGUAUCACUGCACCGCCAGCAAGGAGCCCCAGCCCGGCGGCAGCGGUCCCAGCUCCAUCUACCAGCUGGAGGAUGCCAACGAGGACACCAUCGGGGUGCUGGUGCGGCUGAUCACCGAGAAGAAAGAAAAUGCAGCGGCGCUGGAGGAGCUGCUGAAGGAGCAUCAGAGGCAGCAGCUGAUGCCACCGAGCUGUGCCCCCCUCGAUAAGCUGCACCUCCUGCCUCAGUUUCCCCCCGCCUGCCACCACCAGCAGCACCUGCACACGGUGCAGGGACCGGCCCCGUGUGCCCGCUGCGGCCAGAAGUGGCCCGAGGUGCUGCCAUCGCUCAGUGCCACCAAAGUCCCCAAAGCCGGGGCUCAUCCCAGCGAGGUGACCAUCCUCUCCAUCGGCAGGUUUCGGGUGUCGCGCAUCCCUGAGGGGAGGGCCGAGGCGGGGGCUGAGCCCCUCCGUGGUCCCCUCCCCGCCGGCAGCGGGAUGUGACCCUGCGAGGGAGCAGCACCGCCGGCCCCACGAGCAGGCACCUGGCCUGGGGGCCGCCUCAGGGGUCAGUGCCACCCCCAAAGGCCCCGUGGAGGGGAUGGAGGACGCUGGGCAUUGUGUGGAAGCCAGUCCCGCUCAGAAGGGCUGGAGGGGGCAGCUCAGCUGCUGCCCCUGCCACCAAGGUGUCCGACAGCAGCACAGCAGGUGCAGCGCCUCGCUCGGCUGGUGAGAAGGAUUCUCUGUCCCUGAGGCCUGAUGGUGGCCAUGGCCUGCUGGCCUGACAGACAGUAACUCCAGGAGCUGCGAUGCCGGUGCUGGUGGCCACAGGAACCAUCAUCUCUGGGAUCCGUGAUGCCAAACACGGCUCCACUGGAAGCCCAGAGGACACUGGAUGCCAUUUCAUGGCCACCUGCUGGGUCUGUUGAACUCUCCAGGACCAUCAUGAACUCCUGAUUUCCCUCCAUCACCUGGUGCCAGCGCUCAGCAUCACAGGAUAAUGAAUCCCUGGAUCAUGGAAUGAUCCUCCCUUCCCAACAACCCAGCUGGAGCAUGGAUUGCUCUGGGCAAAGCUGGUCUCCUGCAUCCAUCAUCCAUCAUCCAUCCAUCCAUCCUCUCUCCAAAGUCUCAGUUCAGAAGCACAUGGUGGUGAUGCUCACCAUGAAGAUCACACAUUUCACUUUCCAUAGGAAUUUCUUCUAUGGGAUCACGCUGGCUUGGCCACGUUGGGAUCACCGGCAUAACCCACCCAAGGUUGGGUCGGAGACCAUCAACCUCAACCAUCAACCCAAAAAAGGGUUUGUGGCUGGUCUCGUUCACCUCUCCACAACAUCACAGUGCCAAAGAAGCAACCACCAAACCCUCUCGGGCUCUUUUAUUUAUUUAUUUAAUUUUUUUUGGAAACAUUUUAAUAGUUAUCGAAUGUUCUACAUCUUACAGUAAAUAUCGUACAGUUACAAACUCUUGGCUGAAAUCUGUCAGGGAGAUCACGACCUGAUCUUCAGAACCAAAACCAGAACAGAAAACAAAUGGGAAAAUAACCCCAAAUUUACACUUCAGAUGGACAAACUGUGGCUGUGGGGCUCUCCAGGGCAUCAGUCCAAGGCCAUGUUCCCUACACACCUGUGAGAUGUAGACUUGGAAGACGUGGUUACUCUUGGGUUUAAAUUUUUUUUGUUGUUGUUCUUUCAGGGAUUUUUUUUUUUGUUGGUAUUUAUUUUUAUUUAAGAGGUCCAAUAAUACUUAAAAACGAGCUGGUCUGGUGGUGGAAAUUAAUUUAAAAUGAAGUACAUAGAAAGAGGGGUGGGAGCCUGGUGUGGGUUGAGGCCACGUUGUGGGAAUUGGAGGGUUUGGGUGCAAUCCUGCACCUCACCAUGCUUCCCUACAAAUCUCUCCCCUGAUCCUGAACCCCUUUGCCCCCAGGAAAAUUCCAUCUCCCAGCUCCAUCUCUUGCAGGAGGCUGCAGGGAGGCUGCAGGUGGCCAUGUUGCAUCAAGAUUAUUCCCUACGAGCAGCACAAUUGAGCGUUUCCAAACGAGAAUCGCUCCUGUCAAACCACGUAUUUUGCUACUCCUGCCCUGCAAACAGUCCCACAAGUUAUUUUACCUGAUUGCCAGAGAAUCUCCAAGGACCAUGGUGCAACAUGCCAUAGAAAUGCCUUUUCCAAGAUUUCUUCCCUCCCAAGCUCUGUCACAGGCUUUAUUUUCCUUUUUUCCCCUAAGGGAAUACUAACACACAGCAGUGAAAAAUAUUUGGAGGCUGGUCCUGGCUCAGGAGCAAAGCCAAGGGAAGAUGGUCAGAGGGUCACCACAGUUUGGGGACGAGAGCUGGAGGGCCUGAAAAUAUUGGCAAUUAAAAAAAACCAAACAAAAAAAAAACCAAACCAAAAAUACCU